AUGUGGGGAGAGGUGUGUGUGGCCGUGGCGGUGUGGGAUUUGGAGGCGAGGGCCAGAGUGUUAAAAAUCAAUGAUUUACAGUUUUUGCUUUGUUCUCCCUCUCCUUUCCCCUCCGCUUCCCCCUUCACCUUUAGGAAACUGGCAGGAUGCACUCUCUUCAUCACGGGCGCAAGCCGGGGCAUUGGCAAAGCCAUUGCUUUGAAAGCUGCCAAGGAUGGUGCAAACAUUGUGAUAGCUGCCAAGACAGCUGAGCCCCAUCCUACUCUCCCAGGGACUAUCUACACUGCUGCAGCAGAGAUUGAAGCAGCUGGAGGAAAGGCUUUGCCAUGCAUCGUUAAUGUGAGGGAAGAACAGCAAAUUAUCAAUGCUGUGGAGAAAGCUGUGAAGACUUUUGGAGGGAUUGAUAUUUUGGUGAACAAUGCAAGCGCCAUCUCUUUGACUGGCACUUUGGAAACAGAAACGAAGAAGGUCAAUCUUAUGAUGGAUGUCAAUGUACGAGGAACCUACCUUACGUCUAAAACAUGCCUUCCCCACUUGAGGAAGAGUAGGAACCCCCAUAUCCUGAACCUCAGCCCACCUAUGAAUAUGAAUCCCAUGUGGUUCAAAAAUCAUUGCGCUUACACCAUUUCUAAAUAUGGGAUGUCCAUGUGUGUCUUGGGAAUGGCAGAAGAAUUUAGAGGAGAAGUUGCUGUCAAUGCUUUAUGGCCUAAAACAGCCAUACAUACAGCUGCUAUGGAUAUGCUGGGAGGAUCUGGAAUAGAAAAACAAUGCAGGAAAACGGACAUCCUUGCAGAUGCUGCAUAUUGCAUUUUAACAAAACCAAAAAGUUUCACGGGAAACUUCAUUAUUGAUGAAGUUCUGCUGAGAGAAGAAGGAGUUAAGGAUUUUGAUGUCUAUGCAAUCGCACCAGGUCACCCUCUGAUGCCUGACUUUUUCUUGGAUGUUGAAAGUGACAUGACAACCACGAAACAAGAAUAUGGUGCUUCCCACGCAUUUAAAGAGGAGAAGAAAUUAGGCAGACCCCAGCAUGAAGCUAAAGUUAACACAGAAUCUGGUCCAGCCAAGCCAUCGAGUCCUGUUGCAGAAACAUUCAGAGUUAUUCAGGGGGCGAUGAGUGAAGAGUACGUGAAAACUACUCAGGGUGUCUUUCAGUUUGAACUGUCUGGUGAGGAAGGAGGCACUUGGUAUAUUGACCUGAAAACCAAGGGUGGCAGCGCUGGUUUUGGAAAGCCUCCUGUGACGGCUGAUGUAGUUAUGAGCAUGUCGAGUGCUGACUUUGUGAAAAUGUUCACAGGUAAACUAAAGCCAACCCUGGCCUUCAUGUCAGGAAAAUUAAGGAUUAAAGGUAACAUGACACUAGCAAUAAAGCUUGAGAAGAUGCUGACACAGCUUAACUCUAAACUGUGA